AGGAGGUAGCGGCUCUCUGUUCUGCACUUUCAAGGAUGGGGAUGCUGCAGUUCAUUCUGCUGGAAUCUACGGGGCAUUCAGUAUAGGGUGGUAAGGGCCCCGGGGCCCCCCGGUCCUCCUCGGCAUGGUGCACGGCCCCCCCAGGUGAAGCAGGAGCCGCAGGAUGAUGAGGUGGAAAUGCGCCCGCACCCGUUUCCCCGUGGGCGCCGGUGCCCUGGCAGUGUCCGUGCUCUGCUGGUUGUACAUCUUCCCGGUGGAGCGGCUGCCGGAUGAGAAGGAGCUGGUGCGGGAGGUUCUGCGGCGCGGCCGGGUCUGGACGAGGAACCACAGCGCGGUGCAGGGAUUCAGGAAACAGUUGGAUGAUUGCUGUGACCCCAGUCACCUCUUCUCCAUGACUAAAGUAAACACCCCUGUGGGCGAGAACCUGUGGUUUGAUGGGGAGUUCUUGUAUUCACUUAUCAUCGACAACGCCACGUACAGCCUCUUCCCGCAGGAUACUCCGUUCAAGCUCCCUUUGAAGCGCUGCUCUGUGGUGGGGAAUGGUGGGAUACUGAAGGGGAGCAGGUGCGGCAAGCAAAUCGAUGAGGCCGAUUUUGUUAUUCGAUGUAACCUGCCUCCUCUGACCAGCGACUAUAGUCUUGAUGUGGGAACAAAGACACAGCUUGUAACUGUGAACCCAUCUAUCAUAGAUAAAAGGUUCCAGAACUUGCUGUGGUCACGGAAAUCUUUUGUGGAGAGUCUAAAGGUCUACAAGUCAAGCUACGUGUACAUGCCAGCAUUCUCCAUGCGCCACGGUACAGAGCCCUCCCUGAGAGUCUACUACACCCUGACUGACUUCAGCGCCAAUCAAACUGUACUGUUCGCCAACCCUAACUUCUUACGGAACGUCGGGAAAUUCUGGAAGAACAAGGGCGUCCACUCCAAGCGCCUAUCCACCGGCCUCUUCAUGGUCAGUGCCGCCUUGAGCCUAUGUGAAGAGGUCACGGUCUAUGGUUUCUGGCCUUUCCAAAUAGACCUGAAGUGGAAUCCUAUCAGGCACCAUUACUAUGACGAUGUCCCGCCACUCAGUGGCUUCCACUCCAUGCCCGAGGAGUUCCUGCAGCUUUGGUUACUUCACAAAUCGGGAAUCUUGAGGAUGCAGCUGGGACAAUGUAACUCUGAAGAACCUCAAUGAAAGUGACUAUGAGAUGAUUGUGGAGCAAGACUUGGGGACUCCUGGAUAUGUCCCAUAUGAUAGUCCGCACUGAAUGCAACAACUAGUGCCAAAUCCCCAUUUCCCAAGCUUGUACAGAACUCCAUGGGAAGGAUUUGAUUUUCUAAUGAUUUUUUUGGGCUGCUGAUUAGAUUGUUUUAGAAAUGAAUGUAGAGUUUUGUUUUUUUAAAAGCGAAGAUACGACCGUCCGACACCAGCUUUUUUAUUUCCUGUACAGAAGCCAGAGACUUGCAAUGAUUUGCAAUGCCUUAACCGGGCGUCAGACCAAACCAGCUGAUCAUUUUUAGGCCUUUUGCAUAGCCAGGAACAAGGACGAAAGGGUGAUUGAGUGUAAGAGCGAGUGCCGCGCUGCAUGAUGCCGUCGGUGCUGUAGUUCUUCUUCUUGUUCAGUGUCGGUUUUGUGCUUGCGGUCUUGUCAGGAUUGGGCACUGCACGUCUGCAUCCGCCUUCUCAGCAUGUAUGUUCUAUGUAUGUGGCAGUUGUGAAUGGGAAUAACAUGUGAAGAAUUUCAGGGAUUUAUUAAGCUGCACAUAGAUUCCUUCCCCUGCGUGCGGCCUAUUAAAUCUGCUCGGAUGCUGUGAGGGGCAAAUGUGCAUUGCUAAUGCGAUUAUUUUGUAUGUUCCCUGUAGCACACAGCGUCUGACAGGUUUUGCUACAUUUGUCUCUUUAAAUGCACUGAUACAUUAUAACAAUUUCUUCGCAGUGGACUUGACUUCCUAAGGUUCGCUUCAUGUUGGCGGUAUUUUACAUGGUGUUUUGGCACUAAUGAGGACAGAUUGCCAUCAGUUCUGCCAGUCUGCAGCACUAAUACAGCUGGAGCGUGAAGCGACCUGGCAAAGGGGUCUCCUAUCAGGUUCAUAUUCCUCCAGAUGCAGGUGAAGCAUAUACAGUAGGUCUUGAUUACUGCACGAGAUUUGUGUUAUGCGCAGCAUGACAAUAUAUUCCGGCGCUCUUCUUACCAGACGUAAUUGUAGAAACUUGCGUCCAUUCUGCAAUAAUCACAGAAAUCUUCAGCUGGAUUUAGGUGUAACCAAGUGCUAUGGCAUUGUGAAUAUUAAAAUGUGAAUUCAUUGUCAACCCUGAAAUGUAUUACCAGUGAUUCAUUAAAAAAAAAAGA